AUGGAAAACGAAAAGGCUCCUCUCCAGCCUGGCCCGAUCAGUCUCGCCCACCUCAGCGCGCCUGGCCAAGCCAGCUGGCUGCUGGAGAGCACAUUGCCUCUACCAGACCUUGUAAACUCCCAGGGCAGCCCGGGGCUUCCAGCGUUUUCCACUGUCAAUGAUGGCCGAUGGGACACUUUAAUCCACUCACUCUACCAGAGCCAUGAAGCAAAAUAA